GCCAUUCACAGGGUAGGUAGGUGUAGGAAGUGAGAGUUCGGGCCAGGAAGCGAGGGUUGGUGAGGGAAGCCAGGAUCCUGGGGCUGCGAGCUCCAAGUUCCCAUCUCUGGCCUUCAGGAGGGCCUUGGCAGAGUGGGAGCGUGGGCAGGGUGCUGAUGGGACAAGGUCCUUCCUGUUUGGCCUGCCCACACCCCACUCCCCUCUGGCCCCAGGGCCCUGGCAGGCCGGCUAGAGCUCAAAGCCAAACUGAAAGCUGCCGGGGUAGCACAGAGGUGGUUUCCGGCCUGAGCUCCCCACCUCCGCCAACCCCAACAGGGAGGACUCAGAGGGCAGGAGUGGGGUUAUCCCCACUCGCAGCGACUCAAUGUUACACAUUCCAGGGGAGAGAAAACAGAAGCUCUUGGAAGAGGAGCCAGGAGCCAGCGAGGCAUCCUGUUCUGCUGCCCUUCACAGGGGAAUCGAGAGGGCUAGAGCAAAAAUACAGUCAGGAACUCCAGACCCACACUACAUGGGCUCAGACCUGGCACUAUCACAUCCCCAUCUUAAAGUUGGGAAGCUGCAACCCAGAGAGGUCUAAGGAGUUGGGGCAUCUGAACCCACCACAAGGACACAAGAACUCAGGAGUAUGCAGUGACCACCCUUUCCUUCAGACAGAGGCUGAAUUUAAGGAAAAACCUAUCCCAACUCAAUCCUGCGUCUCGCUCGGAACCCCAACAGGAACUUGCGGGAACCAACGACGGGGAGGGAUGUUGGUUGAACCGCUGGUGCCCCCUCCACCGAGAAGGGACAGAAGGAGUUGCUGCACAGAUCUUCCCGGGAUGGGGGGCGGUGGUGAGGUGAGCAAGGCUGGGAGUGGGGAAGGGGUGCGGGGAGCCCCUGUUGCUUCUCCUCUUUGGGGGGGUGGCUAUUAGGUAGGCUUGAGGAAGGCGGAGUUUGGGGGGCCGGGGGCGGGGCUCCUGCGCUGAGAGGAAGAGGGGGGGCGCGCUGGCUCCAGCUCGGCUCAGACAAAAGGCGGCGGCGGGAGCGGGCGGGAGGCGGAGCGGCGCCGCGAGGGCCUCAAGGUGACACCCGCCCCCGGCCCCGGCCCCCCCCGGCCCGGCCCCCCAGCCCGCCUCCCCACCCCCCAGCCCCUAGCCCCCUACCCCCGGUGCCCUUUCCAGGCCCCCUCCCCCCGGCGGGGGGUGGGGAGCAGCGAGGGCCCCGCCCCCUCCCGCCCCCUCCCCAGGGCCAGCGCAGGAUGCCCUCGGCCCCCGGCAGCCCCCCGGGAAGCCCUGAGCUCGACGCACCCCCUCUACGCCAUGUCCCCCCCUGGCUCGGCCGCGGGAGAGAGCGCCGGCGGCGGCGGCGGAGGUGGCGGCCCCGGGGUCCCGGAGGAGCCCACGGCGGCGGCGGCGGCGGCGGCGGACGAGGGCCCCGCCCGAGAGGAGCAGCGUCCCAUCCAGCCCUCUUUCACCAAGUCCCUCUGCCGUGAGUCCCACUGGAAGUGCCUGCUACUCUCGCUGCUCAUGUACGGCUGUCUGGGGGCCGUGGCCUGGUGCCACGUAACCACGGUGACCCGCCUCACCUUCAGCAGCGCCUACCAGGGCAACAGCCUCAUGUACCACGACAGCCCCUGCUCCAACGGCUAUGUCUACAUCCCCCUGGCCUUCCUGCUCAUGCUGUACGCCGUCUACCUGGUGGAGUGUUGGCACUGCCAAGCCCGCCAUGAGCUGCAGCACCGCGUUGAUGUGAGCAGCGUGCGGGAGCGCGUGGGCCGCAUGCAGCAGGCCACGCCCUGUAUCUGGUGGAAGGCCAUCAGCUACCACUAUGUCCGCCGCACCCGCCAGGUCACCCGAUACCGCAAUGGAGACGCCUACACCACCACCCAGGUCUACCAUGAGCGCGUCAACACGCACGUGGCGGAGGCCGAGUUCGACUACGCGCGCUGCGGCGUCCGCGACGUGUCCAAGGCGCUGGUGGGGCUGGAGGGCGCGCCGGCCACGCGCCUGCGCUUCACCAAGUGCUUCAGCUUCGCCAGCGUGGAGGCCGAGAACGCCUACCUGUGCCAGCGCGCGCGCUUCUUCGCCGAGAACGAGGGCCUGGACGACUACAUGGAGGCGCGCGAGGGCAUGCACCUCAAGAACGUGGACUUCCGCGAGUUCAUGGUGGCCUUCCCGGACCCGGCCCGGCCGCCGUGGUACGCCUGCUCGUCGGCCUUCUGGGCCGCGGCGCUGCUCACGCUGUCGUGGCCGCUGCGCGUGCUGGCCGAGUACCGCACGGCCUACGCGCACUACCACGUGGAGAAGCUCUUCGGCCUGGAGGGCCCGGGCUCGGCGAGCAGCGCGGGCGGCGGCCUGAGCCCCAGCGACGAGCUGCUGCCCCCGCUGACGCACCGCCUGCCGCGCGUCAACACGGUGGACAGCACGGAGCUCGAGUGGCACAUCCGCUCCAACCAGCAGCUGGUGCCCAGCUACUCGGAGGCGGUGCUCAUGGACCUGGCGGGGCUGGGGGCGCGCUGCGCGGGGGCGGCGGGCGGCGGCUACGCGCCCGCGUGCCGCUACGGCGGGGUGGGCGGCCCGGGCGCGGCGGGCGUGGCCCCGUACCGGCGCAGCUGCGAGCACUGCCAGCGCGCCGUCAGCAGCUCGUCCAUCUUCUCGCGCAGCGCGCUCAGCGUCUGCGCCAGCCCGCGGGCCGGCCCGGGGCCCGGGGGCGGCCCGGGCUGCGGGGGCAGCCGCUUCUCGCUCGGCCGCCUCUACGGCUCCCGACGCAGCUGCCUGUGGCGCAGCCGGAGCGGGAGCGUCAACGAGGCGAGCUGCCCCACCGAGCAGACGCGCCUGUCGAGCCAGGCCAGCAUGGGGGACGACGAGGACGACGACGAGGAGGAGGCCGGGCCGCCGCCGCCCUACCACGACGCCCUCUACUUCCCGGUCCUCAUCGUGCACCGGCAGGAGGGGUGUCUGGGCCACAGCCACCGGCCGCUGCACCGCCACGGCUCCUGCGUAGAGACCUCACUGUGACCUCCGCCCCCCCCCCCCCCCGCUGCCCCCCGGCAGGCCCAGCGUCCUCCCUCCUGCCCCUCGUCGGACCGUGCCCCUGGCGUGUAGUGGGGGGAGUCGUGAUGGUGACUGAGGCUGUGCUGGGCACGGCGCGGGGAGCAGGGAGGCGAGGGUGCGCGGGACGGACCCCGAUGGGGUUCGGAUCCCCCCGCCUUUCCUGCACAUAAAGAGACCGACGGGUGGGAGGGGGUGGGCGGCUCCGGGGAACCCCGCCCCGGACACGGUCGGCUCUUCCAGCCCCGCCCGUCAGUUCCUAGGGGGACACCUCCCCUUCCUCCACGCACACUCGAGAUUUCCCGUUCAGCCUUUCAAUGAAUCUUCUGACUGUUAGCGGCGACUGUGCUGUGGCACCGCGUGGGGCCCGUCGCAAGGGCGAGGCCUUCGCUGUGCAGCUGGGAGGUCUAGAGGCCGGAGGGGGCUUUCCUUCCUUCGCUGCCUGGCCCCACCAGGGCCUCUCUCUACGGAGGGGGCGGUGGUUUGGUGAACAGCAGGGCUGACUUCCAACCUGCUAGUGGCGUCAGUGGGUCUGAGGCCGGGGCCGGAUGUCAGCCCCAAUGCUCCAUCUCAAACCCGUGCAAAUGUUGCUCUCCUCUUCUUGGCGCUGGCCCCAAAACAUCGGGGUUUCCUUUCUGCCGCUCCGUUCACUGCUGUUUAUUUUGCUGGGUCCCUGGAGUGUGGGUCCUGGAGGGACUGUGCUCACACCGCUCCCGUCACUCUCCUCCCUUCGCUCUUGCCCUCUGGCCCUGAAGAGCAGUUGCCCAGGGAGGAGGGAGGCAAAAUAUGGUGGGUAUGUACCUCAGUCCUGUCUCUAAACUCUGCAGCCUCCUGACCUGGGUUCUGGGAGGGCUCUCCCUUCAGAGGGGGUGAGAUAACCGCCCCCCUUCCCCCCCGCCGCGUGUUCAUUAAAGCUGGUCAAGAUGAAUGCCUGGGUGGGAAGAGUGGGAGACAGACCGGGGUGACAAAGGGGAACUCUCCUAGCAGGUGGGAGUGGGCAGUGGAGGGAGAUGGAAAGGACCUCCAAAGGUGGGGGUGUCUGGGGCGACCCUUGCCUUCCCCAGACUUGGGGGGGGUAUGAAGAGCUGUUGUCCCCACACAUUACCUCUGCAGGGCUGAGGACGUCCUCACGAGCCCCGACUGGAGAAAUACUCAAUUCCAGUGGCAGGGUCAGAGGCAGAAAUUCUCUAAAUCUUGUCUGACCCCCUCUGUCCUCCUCUAUCCCAUGAGCUGAAGCCCUGCAGCGUGCCCCGGGGUCUUCAAAAGGGCACCUUGCCACCACCCAAGGGCGCUGGUCCCACGUCCUGUUCUAAAGCUCUGACACGGCCUUUUCUCCCCCACCACUCCCACCCUGAUGUGCUUCAGUGUGCAUGUCUAUGUACAACCCCCUGCCCUCCCAACUCCCCUGGCUAAAGUUUUCCCAGCACACUCAGUGCCCAGGGAGUGAGCUCAUAUUUCAAGCUGGAGAGGAUAACCCUUGGGCCGCCAACAUUGCUCACCCCUGAUGCUCCUCACUUUGCCUGAGCCAUAUGAGCUCUUCCUUCCCCUCCUUCAGCCCCCUCUCCCAUCUUCCUCCAGCCCCCCUCCCAUCUUCCUCCAGCCCCCUCUCCCAUCUUCCUCCAGCCCCCCUCCCAUCUUCCUCCAGCCCCCUCUCCCAUCUUCCUCCAGCCCCCUCUCCCAUCUUCCCCCAACCUCCUCUCCUAUCUUCCUCCAGCCCCCUCUCCCAUCUUCCUCCAGGCUAGCCAGGCCUACACCUGCCAAGGGCAUGACAGUCACCUGUACAACAUCUCUGGCUCCCCGUCCCCCUUCCCUGGGGGACUUGGGAGGUACAGAUUGUGGGGACACCGCGGCCCAUGGUCCAUCAGGGUUGAGCUUUCCUGUGGAGAUGGCUGAGUGGGAAAGCAGAGGAGGAGGGAGAAGGGGAGGCUUGGGCAGGAGGGAAUAGCUGUCCACUAGGUUUCCCUGGGCCUGGGCAGUCAUGGCCACCUGCCUGUCACCACUGAGCCUGCCUGGACCCCGAGUUUGUGCUCCUUGGGGCCCUGGCGAUUGGAGCACCCCUCUUUCCUCAGAGGGGACAUCUGUGAGGUCCAGGUGGUGAGCCGUGGCCGCAGGCCCCAGUUCUUGGCCAGCUGGCACGGGGAUGUCCUGCCCUUGUAUGGAGGCAGCCUGGCCACUUCCCAGCUCCAAGGAGGGAGGGACUCAGCUCCUUCUCCCUCAGGCCCAUUCCUGAGACCGAGCCUGAGCUAGGAGGAGGGGACAGGGGACCCCCUACUAUUAUUUUUGCCUGUAUUGACCAUUUCUGCCUAGGUCUUCUUACACAGACAGCCUCACCUUCCACACACGUGCAGACUUAGAGAGAAAGCGAUUCUUUGGUCUAUUUUCUUGGUAGCUUUAUUGAUUGCCAGGGAAAACGAAAACCAGAAAAUUAAUCUCUAAAAUUAAACUUUACACUGAAUGUUCUUGUUUCUCUAAUUAGAACUUCUGCUAGCAGCUGUGGCUACGUACACACACACACACACACACACACUCACUCACACACACCCUCACA